CCGGCCGGGAGGAGGGACGCACCACCCGCCGGCCCGCGCCCCCGUCUCGGUCCCCGCGCCCAGUCCCGGUCCCCGCGCCCAGUCCUCCCGCGGCGGCUGCGGGUGCGCGCUGUCCCUCCGGCCCCCGCCGCAGCCAUGGCCGCCUCCUCCGCGCGGCCCGCCGUCCUGGCCCUGACCGCGCUGGCGCUGCUCCUGCUGCUGUGCCUGGGCCCGGGUGGCAUAAGUGGGAAUAAACUCAAGCUGCUGCUUCAGAAGCGGGAAGCACCUGCUCCAGCUAAGACUAACGUGGCAGUGGGCGAGAGCAAGGCCAAAGAAUUCUUGAGCGGCCUGAAGCGCCAGAAGCGACAGCUGUGGGACCGGACUCGGCCAGAGGUCCAGCAGUGGUAUCAGCAGUUCCUCUAUAUGGGUUUCGACGAAGCGAAAUUUGAAGAUGACAUCACUUACUGGCUGAACAGAGAUCGGAAUGGGCACGACUAUGAUUACUACCAGCGUCACUAUGACGAGGACGCCGCCAUCGGUCCCCAGAGCCCCUACAGCUUCAGGCACGGAGCCAGCGUCAACUACGAUGACUACUGACCACCCCUCGGCCCUCGGCGCCCCAGCCGCGGAGGUGACCCACUGGGCUGCCUUGCACCACGUGGCUUCCGCUGGGCUUUACUCCAGCAGAUCUUUCCUACCCCCUUUCUGCAGCCAGGAAGGAAGAGUUAAACAAUAUAAAUGCCUUUGAUAUUUCA